GCCUUAGGGGAAGGGGGAGGGGGUGGCAAACCAACCGAGCUUUCUGAUUGGCUGAGGGGUCCGUGGCCGUUAGGGCGAGAAAGGGCUAUAGAAGGCUCGAGGCAGUGGGGGAAACUGGGUUUUCCUCAGACUUGAGGUGAAGACAAGCACACAGAAGGGGACGAGGAGUCCCAGACAGAGUGUGGCGGAAGACUGGGGUGAAGCUAAGGGGGUCGGUUUAUGGAUCCCGUGAGCCGUCCGGGUGCCCCCAAAGGCUUCUGAAAAUGCAGGAACCUGUGAGGUCAAGAUUGGCCUCCCUCAGUGACUUUCAAUUUGGAGCUGUUGCCACGGAGACGAUCGAAGACGCUCUGCUUCACCUGGCGCAGCAGAACGAGCGAGCCGUGCAGGGGGCUGCCGACCGGAUGGGCAGCUUCAGGGAGACCCGGAUCGUGGAGUUUGUUUUUCUCCUGUCUGAACAAUGGUGUCUGGAGAAAUCCGUGAGCUACCAGGCUGUAGAAAUCCUAGAAAGGUUUAUGGUCAAGCAGGCAGAGAAUAUCUGUAGGCAAGCCACGACCCAGCUGAGAGAGAAGACGGAGCCUCAGAAUUGGAAAGCUCUGAAAGAACAGCUUUUCAAUAAGUUCAUCCUGCGUCUUGUGUCAUGUGUUCAACUGGCGAGCAAACUUUCCUUCCACUACAAAAUUAUCAGCAACGUUACAGUCCUGAAUUUCCUCCAGUCUCUGGGGUAUGUGCACACUAAGGAGGAACUGCUGGAGUCAGAGCUUGAUGUUUUGAAGUCCCUGAACUUCCAAAUCAAUCUGCCUACUCCCCUGGCAUAUGUAGAGAUGCUUCUGGAGGUUUUAGGAUACAAUGGCUGUUUGGUCCCAGCCACACAGCUGCAUGCAACCUGCCUGACCCUGCUCGACCUUGUCUAUCUCCUGCACGAACCCGUAUAUGAGAGCCUGCUCAGGGCUUCAAUUGAAAACUCCAUACCCAGUCAGCUGCAAGGGGAGAAGUUUGCUUCAGUGAAGGAAGACUUCAUGCUGUUGGGAGUAGGAAUCAUUGCGGCAAGUGCUUUCAUCCAAAACCAUGAGUGCUGGAGCCAGGUUGUGGAGCAUUUGCAGAGCAUCACUGGCAUUGCCCUGGAAAGCAUCGCUGAGUUCUCUUACGCAAUCCUGACUCACAGCGUGGGUGCCAACACUCCAGGGCGACAGCCUGUCCCCCCCCACCUGGAGGCCAGAGCUCUGCGGGCUGCCACUUCCUCCAACACGUGAGGCGGGCUCCACCCACCAAGUAUUCAACAGCCUUCACCACUGCGCUUAUCCCUCCUUUUGUUUACUCUUCAACUCAGGGUACAAAAGUUCCAAGUAUCUUUUGGACUAUGUUUUGUGUUCCAACUUCAUGUGCGCUUUUCUGCAUCGGACAAAGAGUCAAAGUUGA